GUUGAGUGAGACAGAGGCGCAAGGUACAUUCCCGCGAUCUGGGACCGCCGCUGGAAAAUUAGAGCUGUCUAUAUUACAAAAUUACUGUCGUGCAGGGAUAUAUUUUUCCUACAAAAGCUGAGAAGAUAUGUUCAGACGGGUCGUGCGACAGAGUAAGUUCCGGCAUGUGUUCGGCCAGGCAUUGAAGAAUGACCAAUGCUACGAUGACAUCAGGGUGUCUCGGGUCACAUGGGACAGUGCCUUCUGUGCAGUCAACCCCAAAUUCGUUGCCAUAAUUGUGGAAGCCAGUGGAGGUGGCGCGUUCAUGGUUUUGCCUCUUCAUAAGUCGGGCCGUAUAGAUAAGGCAUACCCUACAGUAUGUGGCCACACUGGUCCUGUUUUGGACAUUGAUUGGUGCCCUCACAAUGACCAGGUCAUCGCUAGUGGAUCCGAAGACUGCACCGUGAUGGUGUGGCAGAUCCCAGAGAAUGGUUUGGUGACCCCCAUAUCAGAGCCAGUGGUGGUGCUGGAGGGUCAUUCUAAAAGAGUGGGCAUCGUUACCUGGCAUCCCACUGCCCGCAACAUCCUCCUCAGUGCAGGUUGUGAUAAUGUGAUUAUAAUCUGGAAUGUGGGUACGGGAGAGGCCAUAAUUACUCUGGAUGAUAUGCACCCUGACAUCAUCUUCAGCGUGUGCUGGAACCGCAAUGGCAGUCUCAUCUGCACUGCCUGCAAGGACAAGAAAGUCAGAGUCAUUGACCCACGCAAGGAGGAAAUCAUUGGCGAAAAGGACAAAGCGCAUGAGGGUGCCAGGCCCAUCAGGGCUAUUUUCCUAUCUGACGGCAAAGUGUUCACCACUGGUUUUAGCCGCAUGAGUGAGAGACAACUCGCGCUCUGGGAUCCGGAAAAUAUGGAGGAAGCAAUCUCUGUGCAUGAGAUGGACACAAGUAAUGGAGUCCUCCUGCCCUUCUAUGACCCCGAUACUAACGUGGUCUAUCUGUGUGGAAAGGGUGACAGCAGUAUCCGUUAUUUUGAGAUCACGGAUGAGGCUCCUUUCGUCCAUUUCCUCAACACCUUCACCACCAAGGAGCCCCAGAGGGGCAUGGGAUACAUGCCCAAGAGAGGGCUCGAUGUCAACAAGUGUGAGAUUGCAAGGUUUUACAAAUUGCAUGAGAGAAAGUGUGAGCCUAUCAUCAUGACCGUUCCAAGAAAAUCGGACCUGUUCCAGGAUGACCUGUAUCCUGACACGGCGGGGCCAGAGGCUCCACUGGAGGCCGAGGAUUGGAUUGAAGGGAAGAAUGGAGACCCCAUCCUGAUAUCCCUGAAACAUGGAUACGUUCCAGGCAAGAACCGUGACCUCAAAGUGGUCAAGAAGAACAUUCUAGACAACAAGAUGACCAAGAACACUGAGCAUACCACCCAUGCCAACAAGACUGCCACCUCUACACCAUCUAUCAAAAGUGAAGCUAAGAUGGACGAGCUGUUGAAAGAAAUCAAAUCUCUCAGAGAGCUGGUCAGCAGUCAGGAUAAAAGAAUUGCCAAACUUGAGGAGCAGUUGUCUAAUAUGGACAUCUAAAGGACCCUGCAAUCCCCUCCCCCUUCUAUUCAGGAUAUCCCAUUGGCCAGGUGGGCGGGACCCGUCACUGCCAAUCACCAUGACAGCGUUCCAUCUGAUGCCUGCCUUUUGCAAAGACUUUAUCUGACAUUCCAAGAUGAAUAGUUAUUCCCUUUGCAAUCCCCAAAAUCUGUUUACAUCUAAUAGCCAUUUGAUGAAAUGCCUCCGUUUUAGCUUUUACUCAGUCGCACUCCAAAUCUUUCUGUAACAGUUUUUAUCUGGUGUUCUUGAAUGGUCUUAAGAUUUUUUUUUUUGUUUUUUUUAUUAAAAAUUGUGACCAAGAAGAUUGCGUGAUGAAGCAGUUACAUGAAUUUGAUGAGCUCAAAGUUUGAAGUAGCCAUCAGUAUUGCAAUGCUCAAUCUCGCCCUUCUGUGUUGCCAAAUUUGUAAAGGAGUUGUGUACACACCUCCCUGACAGUAUUUGACUAGCUUUUCAUUUUUGAUUUAUCUGAACAUUGUACUUAUAAGGGACAAAGCAAUAUGCUAGUAAUGGAAGGAGGGGAAAUCAAUGGAACCUCUGUUAUUCAUGUCUUUCUAGAGAAUACAAAAUUAAAAAAAUUAAGAUUUUAACCAACCUGGAAAACAUGUAGCGCUGACAAGGUUUACAACCAGCACUGAAAAACAUUACAGGUGCACUAAUAAAAGUCCCACAGAAUUAUUUUGUGAUUCAGGUACCCUUGUUAAAAUGUUAAAGAAAUGGUUUACUCAAUUUAAAUUCUGUCAUCGUUACCCUUGAACUCAAAUGGAGAUGUUGGGCAGUAUGUUAUUCUUUAUCACCAACUUUCAUUGAUUCUUCCAUACAGUGAAAGUGUGGAGACUAAUGGAAAAUAUUCUGCCUAACAUCUUUUUUGUAUUCCAUGGAGGAAAGAAAGUAUCAUGGGUUUGGGAAAAUAAUGACAGAAUAUUUACAAGAUAUUAGUAGACAAAGGAACCAAAACAAUUGUUUCUGGUUUUUGCCAUGAAAACACCCAAUAAUUUAUCUUCUUAUGACCAAAACACUUCCUUUCUUGAUGGCAGCAAUUUCUCAUAAUGAUUUGUUUUAUUCUAUUUUCUAAUCUCUUUCUCCACUUUCCGUAUUUUACAUAUCUGCACUUUGUCUUAUACCAUUUCCUGGAUGAGGCCAGAAACUAACAGUUUAAAGCUGUUAGCUUCUAGUUUCUCAUUCCGAAAGAUUUAGAAAUAAGCUCAGAACAAGAACAUAGCCAUAGAUGCCCAUUAGCUUUUGCAGCAAAUGUUUUGAGGUCAUUUAAGUAUUCUCAAAAAUAGCUUUUCAUUGUUUUUAUAGCUUUUUCUCUUGACUGUGGAUCAAGAAUGGCAGGUUAGAGAUAUUUCAGGUCUAAGGAACACUGUUAGUGCUGUGCUGUCGUGUUUGCUUUGUCAUUGCUUUCUACAAUGCAUCUCAUCAUGGGUUGUGGCAUCCAUACCCUCCUGAUCUCAGAAACUUCCAAGUGAAUUGCAAUCUGUUUGUCUAUACAUGCUUUUGCUGUGCAUUGUAGACCAUAACUUUCAGUGAUACAGUGAGUUAUAAUUGACUUCCUUUUCCUAAAGGGGUCUUUUUGCUCUCCUAACCAAGCAGAACCAAAUCUCAAGGGACAGCUAAGGCCUAGAGCAUAAUCAUAGCUGUAUUGGUCCUAUUAUGUGGGCCACAUUUACAGGGUGAUGGUAAUUUGUUGAUUGGUUUUGUAAUUUUCCAUGUUAAGGACAGAGGAGACUGAAUCAGAUCAGAUUGCUUUGGUUACUUUAUCAGAUUUGCUGUGGGUUUUUGACACUUCUACAUAUCUCAGUUCUGAUGCAUCACUGCCUAGUGCCUCUUAGAUUGGUUCUGAAAAGCACCUCCCCCUCCUCCACAUGCUUUUCAGUUUUAGUCUAAAAUACCAACCACCUCCUUAGCUCCCUACCACCAGCAUACCACGGAUAUAUUUUUGUCACAAUCAGCAGCAACUUGAUACCUCUGUCAUUCUCUCUUUCAUUCUUUCUCUCUUUUUGUUAAAGUUUAAAAGUUUGAUGGGUUUGAUUAGGUAGGGGCUGUGUUAGUGGGACAGAUGUGCCAAGCCAGAGUGAUAUUUAAAAAGGACAACAGGGCUGUGAAAUGAAUGCCAUCUCCCUGUCUUGAAACAUCUACUGAACAGAGAUGUGUUCCUUGAGAUGUAUCCAUAGAUGUUUCAAAACUGGACAAAACGAUGGGUUAUACAAGUAGUAUUGGUGAAGUCUUGGGCCUCAUUAAGAAAUAAAUGAUCACAAACCAACGUCAGGAUGUGAUGGUCCAAUAGUCAUGUUAUUGGGUGUUUUAAGAGGCCUUAAGGUCAGAGGCCCUUGUGAUGUGGCUUUGAACAUGUGUCAAUGGAGUGAAUGACUGACUUGAAUAAAGGGAUUACUGUAAGUUAAGAAAAGAUAAUACAAGGAUAAGGCUGUAUGUAAGUGAUUGAAUUUGAUGCUUUGUAAAUAUAUAUUUUAUUUUAUUUUUAAUUCCCCAUUUUCCUUUUUCUUUUUUCUUUGUCUAAAGGAAGGUGUUGUCCAUCUUUUGGAAUUUUAUGAUUUUAAUGAAAUAGUUGAUAUCUCUGCAAUCCAGCCCUCCCCCUCCCCCCCCCCUCUGCACACUGUAGGCCUUUUAAUGUUUCCAAUGAUAGAAAUGAAUUACAAAUCGAAAGGAAGGAAAUGCAACUUUGUGGAUAACUGUUCCAUUUUUUUUUUUUUUUUUUUGCAUUCAUCAGAUUACCAGAGAAAUAAAAAAAUA